AUGCCAGGACCCCUAAGAACAAGCCAGGACCCCCGAGGACAGGCCAGAAUGGCCCCAGGACAGGUCAGGACAGCCCGAGGACAGGCCGGGAUGGCCCCGAGGACAGACCAGGGCGGCCCCGGGGACAGGCCAGGACAGACCAGAACAGUCCCGGGGACAGGCCAAGAUCAGCCAAGACAGCCCCGAGGACAGGCCAGGACCCCUGAAGACAAGCCAGGACCCCUGAGGACAGGCCAGGACGGCCCGAGGACAGGCGGGGAUGGCACGAGGACAGGCCAGAACAGGCCAGGACGGCCCUGUGAACAGGCGGGGACCGCCCUAAGGACAGGCGAGGACAGGCGGGGACGGCCCGAGGACAGGUGGGGAUGGCCCCGGGGACAGGCGGGGGUGGCCCCGAGGACAGGCCAGGACAGCCACAAGGACAGGCCAGCACAGGCCAAGACGGCCCCGAGGACAGGCCAGGAUGGCCCCGGGGACAGGCCAGGACAGACCAGGACGGCCCCGGGAACAGGCCAGGAUGGGCCAAGACGGCCCCGAGGACAGGCCAGGACGGCCCCGAGGAGAGGCCAGCACAGGCCAGGACAGCCCCGAGGACAGGCCAGGACCCCUGAGGACAAGCCAGGACCCCCGAGGACAGGCCAGGACGGCCCGGGGACAGACCAGGACGGCCCCGGGGAUAGGCCAGGAUGGGCCAAGACAGCCCCGAGGACAAGCCAGGACAGCCCCAAGGACAGGCCAGCACAGGCCAAGACGGUCCCGAGGACAGGCCAGGAUGGCCCCGAGGACAGGCCAGGACGGCCCGAGGACAGGCCAGCACAGGCCAGGACGGCCCCGGGGACAGGCCAGGAUGGCCCCGAGGACAGGCCAGGAUGGCCCCGAGGACAGGCCAGCACAGGCCAAGAUGGCCCCGAGGACAGGCCAGGAUGGCCCCGAGGACAGGCCAGGACAGCCACAAGGACAGGCCAGCACAGGCCAAGAUGGCCCCGAGGACAUGCCAGGAUGGCCCCGAGGACAGGCCAGGACGGACCAGCACAGGCCAGGACAGGCCAGGACGGCCCGGGGACAGGUGAUGACCCCCGGGAACAGGUAAGGACAGCCCCGCGCAGCGACGGUGACCAGCGGGAGGGCCAAGCCUGA